AUGUUUAAAAUUGCAUUUCAAAUGUUUGACUUCAAUGGAGAUGGCGAGGUGUCACCAGAAGAAUUUGAAAAGGUAAGAAACUUGGUACUGAACUGCAAAAAGCUGGAGCACCCAUAGUUAGGUGAAACUGCUGCUCUCUCAAAUUUUUCUUUUAGUAUACCCUGGUAAAAUAAUCAGCUGCAUCCCUGUGUUAUAAGCUAGCAUAUUAUUAUUUUUUGCAUCAAUAAAAAGAAAUUGCAGCUAAAGGCUGUGCUGUUAAAAGUCAGUUAUGGCUCCUAUUUAUAUAGAUCUUUGGUGGAUAAUUUAUCUCGUAUCCACUGCCCACAACUUCAUGUAAGAGGUUUAGCAGGACUCUUUAUGUAAAGAAUAUUAUUCUUUACUUAAAGAGUCCUGCAGGAUUACCAGUCCAAUUAUGAACCAAAUUAAAGGUAUUUGACAUGUACAGUUUGCUUUUCUAAAAGUGAAAUCCUAUCAAGUACUCUCUCAAACUUGUUCAUACCAAUCAUGGAGAGAAAGAAGGAAGAAGGACGUUUUGGUGUUGUUUACUUUAAUAUAUUUCAAUAAAAUUUUGCAAACUAAGCUGUGAAGUAAUUUCUUUAAAAAAUAUUAUAUCAUUGUAAAGCUAUAGCGCAGGGGUGUGGUAAGCUUUUUGACUUGUUGUAACCUGUUCCCUGAAGGUAUCUGCCUAAGGGGAUACUCAGCACCGCAAAUUUUCUUUUACUCAACCCUACCUUUGAACAUGUACCGUUUUUUUUUAUUUCCUGUUAAUUGUUUGCAUGUCAGCUCGUCAAAUAGAAUGUAUCUAAAUCUUAAACUACUGUUCCAAGUACCAACCAUGAAAAGGGUCUUCCUUCAAUGAUACAUGCUAUUAAUCAUAUGAAGGAUAAUGUGUUUAUUUCCUCAUUACUCUUAGGUACAGAGUAUCCUGUUUAGCCUGACACAGACUGGAAUGCGACAUCGUGAUCAUUCUGUGACAGGCAGUGUACUGUCUCCACAUGUUAACAGUGGCCUUAAGGAAUACUUCUUUGGGAAAAACAAGGAAAAAAAGCUUACUGUGCAAAGAUUUGCUGAAUUUCAGAAGAAUCUUCAACAGGAAGUCAUGUUCCUUGAGGUACAUUUUCUUUAAAUGAUCAUUUUGAUAAAUGUAACCCUCAACUAGUCUGUUAUUAUGUAAAGAAGAAUCUACUCUAGGCUUGACAGAAGUGAAAUCCUGAAGCCAGAUCAAGCAUUGCUUGUAGGUAUUAGCAAAUAUUACCACAAGUGACUGCUGGAAACACCUUAUUUACAUACAUUUAUAAGGUUGAAGGCCCAUACCUUAUCAGUGUUGUGUAUACUGACUUAAUUUAUUUGUAGUGGCAAUUGACUCACAGUGCAUGUCCCUUGUAGAGUGUGUUUAUUUGCUCUUUUGGCUUGAAUCGCCAUGCAAUCAUAUUUUUGGCUACUUCAAUUUGUAUUAAAACCCUUGACUUCAGACAGGAAUGUUUCAACACUACAAAAUACGGCAAACACUCUCUUAGGCAUUUUGGGCCACUUCUUUAGUCCAAAAUUAACUGCGAGCUAAGAUCAGCACCUACACUCAGUAACUUUAAAAAAGUCAUCAGAAAGACAGACAUUGCCUCGUUAAUAGAUGACUCGUGUAACGACUGUGUCCUUUGCAAGAGUUAGCAUUAGUUUGCCUCACCAUUUUACUCUUUUCUAGAGUUACUCAAUUUACGAUUCAGAGAUAUCAUUAGGUAGUUAUUUAUUAGAACUAGAAUUUAGAGUUUAAAUUAUAAUUAGAAUUUACAUUAUAUUACCAGAGUUUUAUAGAUACAGUCUGCCCAAUUAGUAAGGCACUGUGCCUGAGCUAUAAGACAUGAGAGUUUAAUAAAGUUCAUUAUUAUUAUUAUUAUUGAUCAGAGCAUACUGUACUACACUGUGACAGGCCACUUGGCUCAUAAUUUGCCGUUCAUCGGCUUAUACUUUAAAAUUAAUUGCUUUUUUUUUUCUUUAAGUUUAAUUCUUAUGAUCUAGUUGAUGGACGAAUAACAGAAUGGGAUUUUGCUGACAUGCUUUUAACCUACUCAAGUUUCCAUGAAAAGAAAAAACAAAAAAUUCUCAGGAAAGUAAAGAAGUGUUUUAAAGAAAAUUCACAGGUAGGAACAAGCAACAACAUAAACAAAUUGAGAACUUGAUCCUCUUAGUUUAAAAAUUUGUUUUGGUUUAUCAAGAGUUGCUAAUAAAGUGUAUUCACUCAUGUGGCCAGCAUCUAUGCUAAUUAAUAUAAAUGGAGAACUUGACUCUCUUAGUUUAAAAAUUUGUUUUUGUUUAUCUAAAGUUGAUAAUAGAGCAUAUUCACUCACGUGGCCAGCAUCUAUGCUAAUUAAUAUGAGCAAAAGAAAGUUUUUACAUGAGAAAAGAGUUCAAUUCCCACUGGGUUGUCUUGGUACACCAAACGGUGACGUCAUGUGAAUACGCUCUAAAUGAUAUGAAAACAUAUUUUUUCUUUCUCUGUGAUUAAAAGGUUUAGUAACUGAAGUUAAAAUACUCAGUUCUGUUGUUUUCUGUUUGGAUAAAUAAUGGUGUAAUAAUGUGAUCGGCCAGAAUUGUUGGUUAGUCUAAGCUAUACCCUGGUCUAGCCAGUAAACAUAUAAAUGGCUAAUUAUUUAUUUCAGUCACACCCACUAGGACAGUAUUAUUUUUAUAUUAUUUUUUACAGGGAGUAACAUUCAAAGAUUAUUUGGAUUUCUUCUGUUUUAUGAGGAACAUUUCUGAGGCAGACAUGGCUUUGAGCUUCCACAAUGCUGCUGGUAAACCUAUCGAUCCAGGUAUACGAUUCCUGACAAGGAACAAGUUAUUAAUAAACAUUUCAUAAUAUUUUCUCUUAUGUGUCUGAUUUGGACAUAUUUUUUUGUGUGUAGCUAUAAAAAUUAAACCUACUUUUGUUUAUUUUUUUGUUACAGACACAUUUAAACAAGUUGCUAAAACAGUGAUGGAUGUAAAUUUGAGUGAUAAUGUGGUGGAUGUUGUUUACAAGAUGUUUGAUGAAAAUGGUAAUAAGUUUUUAUUAAUAAUAUGACUAUUGCUAGUGUAAUGUUUUACUUGUGUGUUGUUCCUGCUUUCAGACUGUAAAACCGAGACAACAGCUUCUGUCUUGUAAAUUGUUACACUUGUUCAUAUUGAAUGGUACUCAUAGCCCAGGAGUAAAUGUUUAUUAUAAGUAAAUCUUCUCCCCUAUAGUUGUCAAAGGAGUCAGUCCUUUCUCCAUUUUACGUUUUUCCUCAAAUGUUUUUUUGUUGGUUUAAUGAGACAUUGUGUCCGCGUCUCUAUACUCUCCAUUCUCUGUCCACACCUCCCUGAAACUGACCCCUAAAGUUACAGGUCCCUGCUGCCCAGUCUUCAGUCUUUUUCUUUGAAUCUUUCCGAAAAGGGUGACCACUUAAGGUGAUUUCCUAGUAAAAGAACCUAACAUAGAUUGUAGAUGAAACUUGGUACACUGAUGUAACAAGUCAAGAAGAUGAUAAAAAGCUAAUAAAAAGUGGGGUCACUGUGCUCGUUUUGACGUCACAAUGCUGACAAAUACGGCUAUUUUGGACCUUUUGACAAAAACCGCGCGCAGCCCAAAACUAGACAAAAAGGAAAGAUUUCUUCAAUGAUGCAUGUGGUAUCGCACAGAAUUGGACUUUAAUGUAUUGUUUAUCCACUUAUGUACCAGAAAAAUGCCUUUUAAUGCCCUUGUUUUUACUUUACGCUCCAAAGUAGAAUUAAAUUGGACACGCGCUAUUCGACAAGUGAUAGCUCAAUCGGUACAAUUUAGUAAAAUUGCUGAAAAACUGAACAUAGAUUUGUGCCAAUUUUUUUCUCACUGAAACGAAGCACUGUCCUUAUUAAAAUCAUGAAAUAAAAAAUGGGGGUCACCGUACUCGUUUUUGCGGUAGAGCUGCAGAAAGUGCACACCAAAUGCCUUUUUCUGGAUUUUUGGGAGAGGACUGGGGCGAGUUACAAAAUAGAAUGUAUGGGAAAGGGGGAAGAAAGUAUUAAAAAAUCCGUUUUUACAGAAUUUACAUCGAGAUAUCACAUUUAGGACACAAUGUGAUAAACAAAGCGUUUAAAUGAAAAUCAAAGUGAAUUUAAUAACACAAAUUAAACAUCCACUAUCGAGGUUCUCCGUGAGGAAGUCGAACUCAGCAACACGCAUACUGCUUACGUUAUGCACAUUCUCACCACAUUGAGUCUAACCUCGGCAAGAAACAACCGCAAGCAAAAAUUGCAAUAGCGUUUCUCUUCGGUCAACUUCAUUUUAAUGUUACUUCACAUGCUCUUUUUUACGGAGGCCAUCUUGUUAUGCGCAGUAAGAGAUGCGCAGUGCAAAACCAGGGAAUCACCUUAAGGUGGACACUUACAACCAGUGCCAUUGUGGUCCGUCAGGUACAAACUUGGACGGCUUGGGAUAGGAUAUUUCAGAUGAUGGUUCAAGUCAUUUUUUGUCAAACUUCUCAAAGUACUUUAUUAUCUGUAGAGAGUAAUGUUUCCUAUUUUUUCUAUUUUAGAUGAUGGUGUUCUUAGCCAUAAGGAGUUUGUUGUUGUCAUGAAAAACCAACUUGUCAGAGGGCUAGAAAAUGUAAUUAUCUUUGUUAAAGAAAAUAUUUUAACCUUUAAAAAUUAAGAUUUUUUUAAACUCAUUGACUUACUCACAGUUGUGUAACCAUGGCUCACAAAGAUGAGUUUAAACCUUCACAUGCAUUUUGCAGCUUCUUAAAGUUUCCCCUUCCCUCUUUUCAUAUUGUCUUAUUAUCUUCUCAUUUUUUUUGGUUUUAGUGUAGUUAUAAUGGGUUUGUUGGGCUACAUGUCUGGGUUUGUUUGCUUUGGGUUUGGUUUGCCGUUAGAUUUUUCAUCCCCUGGUCCCAGAUGUUCCAAAGGUGGGUAGCGCAAUAAUUUUUGUUUCCCUAAUACUUAUCCACUGGAUAGUAAUUUAUCCGGUGGAUAUCGCUAUCCAGCUAUUGAACAACUGGGUACUGGUUAAUAGGACACUCAUCAUUCACUUGUGACCAGGGUGUUAACUUUGAAAUUUUCUUCAAUUUACAGCCCAAGGACACAGGAUUCAGCAGACUGAUGCAGGCUAUUUGGCAUUGUGCAAAACAUGUUACUUACACAACACUCCAUCCAAAGAAAUCAACAACAGCUGAAGACUGA